GGCUCAAGCCAGGUACCAACGAGUCCUCCCCUGGGUUGGAGCCGGCAGCCCCCGCCGGCGGGCGUGUCGGCCAUGGCGCUGCUCGCGGAGCCGGCGGCCGAGGGCGAGGAGGCCGCACGCGUCCCGCCCAGCGUGCGGCCCUCCUUCGCGGCCGACGCUGGGCCUCCCGGCCCCGGCUUCGGGCCCUCCGACGCGCCGCCGGGCCCCCCGCCGCCCCGGCGCGCGCCCCCGCAGGAGGCGCCGCCCAGCGGGCCCUGCGCGGAGCUCCUCGGCCUGUGCGGGGUGCACCUGCAGCUGCUGGGGCGGCUGCUGGCGGCGGAGGAGGCGCCCCGCGAGGUGGCCGUUGCGAUGUUUGCGAGGAGCAGCGGCGCGCUGGAGCGUGCGCUGGCGGGGGCCGGCGGCGCCGCCGAAGAGGCGGUCUCGCUGAGCCCGCUGGACCCGCAAACGCCAUGGUCCAAGGCCUCGCGGCGGAGAUACUCCAACGCCUCCGCGCCGCCCAGCCCGCCGCUCUCGCCAGCGGGAGCAAAGUGUGCGGCCACCGCCUCCGUGGCCUCUGUGCCGUCGGACCUCGAGGCGGAGAAGUCGAGGGACAUCAUCGAGGCGCUCGCGAGCCAGGACGUGCUGGCGUGGGACCAGCACCAGCACGGCCUGGGAAAGCACGCCCGGCGGGUGAGGGACGCCAUGAACAGCGCGUGGCUGGAGACGUUCUGGCUGGCGUGCAUAGUCAUCAGCUCGGUGUUCGUGGCCAUCGAGGAGCAGUACAGGGGCAGCCUUUUGGGCAAUCGUUUCGGCUGGUACGACGAGAUGGGCUCCAGGACCGAUCCGGAGCUGGAGGGCACUCUGCUCGCAGUCGAGAUUUGUUUUGCUAUUCUAUUUACAAUUGAGGUAAGUCUGCGGAUGAUCGCUAUGGGAUCCAAGUUCUGGUCGGAUUGGAAGUGCGUUUUGGAUUUGUUGGUUGUAGUUGCCACAGAUAUUGCAAUGGUUUUGGACCAACUGGUUACAGUCAGUUUUAAUCUUCAAGUUGUCCGUUUGCUGCGUUUAACUAGAGUGAUGCGCGUUAUCCGAUUGACGAGGAACAUUGCCCACUUUGAGUCCGCGACUGUGAUGGCAGCGGCUCUCAGAUCCUGCGUUGGCAGCGCGAAUUGUGUUAUUGUUAUUUUUUCCACGGCGCUGACUUUGUUGGCACUGCUCAUGACAAGGAUCAUGCGCGACGCGUACUUGGGUGACGGCUCUCCUUUGGACCAGGAUCAGAAGUUGCAGGUGUGGCUUUAUUUUGGCACGUACACACGGAGCAUGAUGUCGCUGUUCGAGCUCGCCCUGGCAAAUUGGCCAGAAAUUGGACGUUUCCUCCAGGACGAAGUCCAUGAAGGGUGGAUGACCUUUGUGAUUCUCUAUAAGCUGACAGUGGGUUUUGCAGUAGUUGGCAUAUUGAACGCUGUUUUCAUGCAAGAGACAUUUACGGCGAUAGAGAUGGACAACAGCAUAAUGGUGGAAAAGAAGAAGCGAGCUGACAGGACACAUCGAAAGAAGAUGGAGGCACUGUUCAAGCGCGCAGACAGAAAUGGAGACGGAUGUCUUGGCCGCCACGAGUUCGCGUUCAUCCUCACCAACCCCCUCAUCAGGAUGUGGCUCGCAUCGAUGAACCUGGACGUCAGCGACACCAAGCUCCUCUUCGACCUGAUCGACUCCGAGCACCCGGACGGCAAGAUCACCUCCGACGAGCUCAUCAGCGGGGUCGCCCGCCUGCGGGGCCCCGCGCGGUCCCUCGACGUGAAGGCGCUGCGGAUGCUGCUGGAGGGAGGCGGGGGGCGGCGGCGACAGCUCUCGCAGGCCGAGGACAUCCCCGCGCCCCGGCUCUAGGCCUUACCCGGCGCCCCCGAGGACCUGGCAGGGGCGGCGGGCAAGCCGCGGCGGGAGAGCCGCUGCCGGCCGCGCCCCAGCGCCAGGCCCGCCUCGGCGCACCCGAGAUCAUGGGCGCCCAGCGGGCGCGGAUUCCAGGCUCGGGGCCAGUUCCGCCGAGGAGGAGGAGGAG